UAGAUCCUGAACUUGCCUGGAAUGACAAGAUAUAUAAUACUACAUCUGUUAUGUUGCCAGUUCACAAAAUCUGGACCCCUGGACUAGUUUUGGACAAUGUGAUAGAUGUAACCACAAAGACCUACACAGAUGACGUAGCAGUGAAGAGUGAUGGAACUGUGAACUAUGCUGUUGUCUUGUUUAUAGCAGUGAGCUGUGAUAUCAGCCUUUUCACCUACCCCUUUGUGACAGGGAAUUGUGAUGUCGCUAUCAAUGGGUGGAACCAAAGUGAUUGUGUCCUUUCACUUGAAUACCCUAAAAAUGCCAAUAUGUUUGGAUCGAGUCAGUCCGGUGAGUGGAACACGGAGAGUGUGGAAAUAAAAUCUGAUCAAAAAUCUUCAUCUCGCAAAUAUCUCUCGGUCACUUUAUCCAUCAAUCCUUUCAGUGCUGUUGUGACCCUGAUUCUUCCCAGUAUAUUAAUAAUGCUGGCUGAUCUGGUGAGCUUUUCUCUGCCAAUUAAAGGAGGAGAACGCAACAACCUCAAGGUCACCUUGGUCUUGAGCUUCACCAUGUUUCUCCUCAUCCUCAAUGAUCGUCUGUCCAGUGGUGGGGGAUGUACACCUCUUCUCCAUUAUCACUUCUGCUUCUGUCUGGUUAAUCUGGUGCUGAGCAUGGUGAUGUCUUUAGUGCUGACACAUCUGAUGACCGCUGACAGCAUUCUGACUUGUAGAUGUUCAAAGAGAAUCGAAAGACAAAACACCCAUCUGCAUGAAGAUGAAG